AUGGCCCUCGACCCAAUUCUAUCUCUGAGUCCCAGAACGGGCUCACGUGGACACUCACCUCAACGAGAACGGAUGGAUCCACGUACGGAACAUGUGCUUCAAGACGCAGCUCUAUGCCACCAAGCAGAUUAUUGGCAGAGUCGCUGCAACGACUUGAAAAAGAAUCUCAGUCAAGUCAAAGCCGAGUUGGCAAGUGUCCUAGAAAGAGAGCGAUCUUUGUCUAUACGCAACACAGAACUGGAAAGCAGAAAAUCGAGCAAUGAUGAACUUGAGGAUGAAGCGUAUGAACUUCAGCGGGAAUUGGAUGGGAAAAAAGAGGAGCUUCGACAUUUACGAAAGGAGUUUCAAGUCAACCACUCAGAGAUGCAGAGGCGGUUGGACUCUGCUUUGAGGAACAGCAAAAGUAAAGAAGACUUGUGUGAGACCUUGCGACUUCAACUUCGAUCAAAGGUUGGAGAACUUGACAAGGCCAAAGAUGAGCUGCAUGAGCUGAAGAAGCAGUUCACCAAAGAACAAGAGCUUCAUCAUCGUUCAACGGCAGAGCUUCGAGCAAAGCUUGAGGCACUCGCACAAAUCCGAGACAGCUUCCAAGCCAAACAGCAGGAUUUCGAAAGGCAAGAGGAACUGUGCCAUGAGGCAGUUGCCGAGCUGAGCAGCUUGAGACUACGCCUCAAAGCUGCUCAGGAGGAAGAUUCGAAAAAGACGAGGAUGCUUGAAGUCUUGCAGUCUGAAAACGAUCUCUGGAUUGGCCGAAGUGCUCACUACAAGAAGCAAUAUUAUGACGCUUUGCGUCAGGGCCUGGACUCGAGACCGGAAACGAGACCGGAAAUGGUUCUACACUAUGGACAUGAUGCUUGGCUGAUCUUGGCCGUAAGUCAUUGCAAGACACCACUUGCAUCCACUCGCCAGCUCCGUAACAGGUGCCCGUAUGCACAGAGGACAUGGAUAGCUUUGGAGGAGAAAGGGAUUCCAUACAGCAGAAGAGUUGUCAACUUGAAGAACAAGACAGAGGUGGAUUGGUACAAGCAAAAUGUCAAUCCGCUGGGGAAGGUUCCCGCCAUUCGUGACAGCGAUGGUACAACUCUUUACGAAUCUGAAAUCAUAAACGAAUAUUUGGAGCAGAAGUUUGACUGCGGCCCGAACUUGAUGCCGGAAGAUGCAGCUGGUUGUGCACACGUGAAAUUAUGGAAUCAUCACCUCAACAACAAGCUAAGCCCAGCGCACUUCACAUUCCUGAUGAACAAAAAUGAAACGGCUGAUGCAGAACUGCUGAAGGCUUUAGAGGAUGCCCUUCAAUACUACGAGGACAAUCUCCAGGGCCCAUAUCUGGCUGGCAACUUUUCCUUGGCUGAUAUCAGUGCAUUGCCUUUCUUCGAGCGUUUGGUAUUUUCAUGCCGGAAAUUCAAAAACUACGAGAUCCCGAAAAGAAUGGUGAAACUGCAGAAAUGGUUAGAGACUGCAAUGGCUCACGAAUCCUUUCUGGUCACCAAGCGCCCAGAGCACAAACUGGAAGAAGUCUACCAGAUGUUCCUGUCGAUGAAUUAUAAGUUUGGAGGUCUUAACCGAAACUAG